GUUAUAUUUAUAAAUAAUUAACUAUAUAAAUGCAAUUUACAAUAUUAUUGUACUUGCUACUAUGUAUUAUGUAAUGGUAAUUGAAAGUUUUGUGCUAUAACCAACGGGCUACCGUUGGUGGUGGUCCGCUAAAUCCAUGAGAAACGUUUGCGAUCGUACCUGAUUGCUGUUCGUGUCACACUGGAGACUAGCGACGAAUUUCCGUCAAGUGAUAACACCAAAACAAAAUAGAUAAUAUUAUUAUUGCGCUGAUAACGUACUUUUCUCCCCCGCCUACGAUAAUGACUCAACUAUUCAAUGAUAACAUACAUCGAGCUCCGAUCUGAGAUCUAUAAUUGUUGAAUGGGUACCUUUGUGGCUUUGUCUUUUGAUGUACAAUUCCACUUCACGUCUUCACAUUUGUUCUAAAAAAGUUUCAUCUACAUUUUUUGUGAGAAAGAUAGUUGAUAAAAGAAAUUGGAACAAGUAAAAAUUCGAUGAUGGUGUUUUAAUGGAAACAAGGGCAUUAAAAAAAUGUUAAUUUUAAAUAAAACUUAGGUGAAACAAAUAUCUAUUAACACCACUGACCACUAAGAUAGAUAUCAUCCUAGUUUGGUAUUUAUGUUUUUUAAGACCGUGGUUCGUGAUUUACACAAAAAUGUAAAAAGAGAUAUAAUAGAAUUUAUUUGAUCAUAAUUUACACCACAUUUACCAUGUGUAAUUUACACUUCGGUAAUUCACUAUAAUAUAAUUCUAAUAUUCUAUGGCCAUUGGCCUUCAAUUUCAUCGCUGAUUAAUAAUAAUUUGAUAAACACAACACAGUAUUUUUUCAUAUUGCACACUGCACCAUAGAUAAAGAAAUUGUCCUUUAUCUAUGCAUUACGCGUACGCUGUAAGACCGCCCACUCACCACCACGACCUACCGGCACAGAAGACAGAACACUAAGCACUAAGCAGUGACCACUACCGGAAUCAUAGAUUAGAGAUAGACCGUAAUUCCGAGCUGGUUCGGCGUUCCCUAUUCAGUAUUCGUUUAAUCUAUAUUUUAAUUUAUUUUAAUCUAUACCUAUUCUGUAGUUUAACUUCGAUAUUGCUAUUUUUUACUAUUUAGUAUUAACUAUUCACAUUUCACAUAUUCACUAACUACUACCGAAAUUACAAUCAUCAGCGUUAGUUGUUGUUUUCUCAAAUUCUCCAUCACUCCUUGAAUACUGAAUAAAUAUUAUUAAACAGUUGUUAGUUGUUACUCGUCACUCGUCAGGUGGCCAUGGGAGGACCUAAAGAAGGCGUUCAAAAACAAAUACAACAAGACUGGGCGAAUCGCGAGUACAUUGAGGUGAUCACGGGCAGCAUAAAAAAAAUUACAGAUUUUCUCAAUUCAUUUGAUAUGUCAUGUCGAUCCAGGUUAGCUAUUUUAAAUGAAAAAUUAACUACACUAGAAAGAAGAAUUGAAUACUUGGAAGCACGGGUUACUAAAGGAGAAACUCUUUCAUGAUGCACUGGCUUCAAAUAAAUUGAAAAUACUUGUAAAUUAUUUUUAAAUUUUCCAAAGUAGUGUAAUUUCACUAGUCUUAAGUAAUUUGUAUUUUUUAAUCAUGAAAAUUUAUUUUAUAUGUUUAUAAUAUUGUAUAAUUUAAGAUAUUAAACUUUUAAUUAUUAGGA